GUUGAGCUGUCACGGCGCUGCCCGCACGCCAGCCGGGCCCCGCAGGGCCCCAUGGAGGCGGCGCGGAGCUGUAACGGGUAUGCACGGCAGGAGAGAACGCCACCGCCCUCCUCCGCCCCGUCGGCGGGCGCCGAGAAGCCGCGCGUCCGCCCCGGUCGCGGUGGCAGCGGGGAGAGCUGGCGGGACGGGCGGCCCCGCAGCGAGGAGGACAACGAGCUGAGCCUGCCCAGCCUGGCAGCCGCCUACACCACCAUUCUGCGCUCGCUGGGCGAGGAUCCCGAGCGGCAGGGGCUGCUGAAGACGCCCUGGAGAGCGGCCACUGCCAUGCAAUUCUUUACCAAGGGCUACCAGGAGACCAUCUCGGAUGUUCUGAACGAUGCCAUCUUUGAUGAAGACCAUGAUGAGAUGGUAAUUGUGAAGGACAUAGACAUGUUCUCGUUGUGUGAGCAUCACCUCGUUCCCUUUGUUGGAAAGGUACACAUUGGCUAUCUUCCUAACAAACAAGUACUUGGCCUCAGCAAGCUUGCUAGGAUUGUGGAAAUAUACAGUAGAAGAUUACAAGUCCAGGAGCGCCUUACCAAACAAAUUGCCAUAGCCAUCACAGAAGCCUUACAGCCUGCUGGGGUUGGAGUGGUUAUCGAAGCCACGCAUAUGUGCAUGGUGAUGCGUGGGGUACAGAAAAUGAACAGUAAAACAGUGACCAGCACAAUGCUGGGGGUGUUCCGGGAAGAUCCAAAGACUCGUGAAGAAUUCUUGACACUCAUCAGGAGCUGAAACUCUUCCUCCCUAAACAUGCUCUGAAGAUUUGUCCUGUCCAGUGUCACUGUCUGUUCUUACUUGUUCCUUCAUCUCACUUUUAAACUAAGUUGUUGUGAAUUGUUGUCAUAGUCUUUUUGUGCGGUAAA